UGUUGGUUAGUUUAGUUUGAAAAAAAAAAAAAAAAAGUUUACUUAUCGGCGGUUCGUGUUUUUGGUGUUUAAUGAGUUACUAACUUUUAUUUUGUAAAAGCAACAGCGCAGUGCAAAAGUUGAUAUGUGAUGUGUGUGUGAUGUGUCAGACUUAUCUACAAAAGAAAUGUAAAUUCUGAAGGUUCACUUUGUUGGAUAGGAAUAUGCCAACUAAAGCAUCCAAGAAAGUUGUUGGAAUGAUUAUAAGGAGCAGAAAAACAAUAAUGAAGGAUGGCGUAAUGACGACUUCAGGAAUUGGAGAGCCCAGCAUAUACCAUGCCCUUGUUGUCAUAUUUCUGGAAUUCUUUGCAUGGGGACUUUUGACUAUGCCCAUUAUUUCUGUUCUCAAUGAAACAUUUCCAGAUCACACAUUCCUUAUGAAUGGACUAAUUAUGGGAAUUAAGGGGUUUCUGUCUUUUCUAAGUGCACCAUUAAUCGGUGCACUGUCUGAUGUUUGGGGCCGGAAGUUUUUCCUAUUAAUAACAGUAUUUUUUACCUGUGCACCAAUACCACUGAUGACUAUCAACACAUGGUGGUUUUUUGCCAUGAUCAGCAUAUCAGGGGUUUUUGCUGUAACGUUCUCGGUCGUGUUUGCCUAUGUUGCGGAUGUUACAGAAGAGCAUGAACGAAGUCUUGCUUAUGGCCUUGUUUCUGCAACAUUUGCAGCAAGUAUGGUUAUCAGCCCAGCAUUGGGAGCGUAUAUGAUGGAUGCCUACAGUGAAAAUUUAGUUGUUGCAUUGGCCACAGCAAUAGCUAUACUUGAUGUAUUUUUUAUUCUUGUGGCUGUUCCUGAAUCCCUUCCAGAAAAAGUCCGACCAUCAUCGUGGGGUGCACCUAUUUCUUGGGAACAAGCUGAUCCAUUUGCAGCACUUCGUAAGGUUGGCAAGGACCACACCAUACUUAUGCUGUGUGUGACAGUGUUUUUAUCGUACUUACCUGAAGCUGGACAGUAUUCAUGCAUUUUUGUUUAUCUCAAAUUGGUGAUGGAUUUUAGUGUUGUAAUGGUCGCUGUCUUUAUUGCCACAGUGGGUAUACUGUCUGUUGGUGCGCAGAUAAUUUUAGGAUUCCUAAUGCGUUCUUUGGGCAGUAAGCACACAAUUAUUGUUGGUCUUGUGUUUGAAAUGUUGCAACUAAUGUGGUAUGGAUUCGGCUCACAAACAUGGAUGAUGUGGGCCGCUGGGGUCCUGGCUUCAAUCUCUAGCAUCACAUAUCCUGCUAUUAGUGCCUUUGUAUCAAUGCAUUCUGAUGCAGACAAACAAGGGUUAGUACAAGGAAUGGUAACUGGAAUGAGAGGGCUCUGUAAUGGCCUCGGACCUGCUAUGUUUGGUGUAAUAUUCUACCUCUUUCAUGUUGACUUAAAUGAAGAUCCUUCAAAAAUAAGAUCUGAACGUCCUAUUAAUUUGGGAGAUAAUGGUACCACAGGACAGAUGCACGAUUCUUUACAACCUUUGGUUCCUGGUCCACCAUUUGUUUUUGGUUCCUUUUUGGUGAUCUGUGCUUUGCUGGUAGCAGUUUUCAUUCCUGAAGGCAACUCUAUGGGUUCCAACCUUCGAACUAAUUCACGGAGACAAUCUGGUCUCUCAAUGGAGGUGCAUUAUGAAGUAGAGCGUAGCAAAAAGCACGAUGGAGUGAGUCCUCUGUCACCACUUGUUGACAAUUCUGCCAUCCUGUAGCAUAAGUGAAA